CCAGCAGUCUGGACGCCGAGCUAGCCGGCCCGCUUCUGCUAGACGGCCUCCCCGGGAGGAGAGAGGGCAGCCACUCCGCCGGGCUGGGAGACGGGCGCUGCCCCCGCCAUGCUCUCCAGACUGGCCCGGGCCGCGGCCCUGAGGCUCGGGGCGCCCUGCGCACGAUGGUUGGGAAACCGGGCGGGGGUCCCAGCCCACGUGGUGGACCUGCGUAGCGACACGGUGACCAGGCCCGGGCCGGCCAUGAGGCGCGCCAUGGCCGAGGCGGUCGUGGGGGACGACGACUACGGCGAGGACCCCACCGUCCGCGAGCUGCAGGAAAAGGCUGCCCAGCUGCUGGGGGUGGAGCAGACUCUGUUCGUGCCCACCAAUACCAUGGCCAACCUCAUCUGUGUGAUGGGCCACUGCCGGCGCCGGGGCUCCCAGCUCCUCCUUGGGCAGGAGUGCCAUCUCCACGUCUAUGAGCAGGGCGGGGUGGCUCAGAUUGCUGGGGUGCACUCUCACUUGCUCCCAGACCUGCCCCAUGGGACCCUGGACCUGGAUGAGCUGGAGAGGGUGCUCACUCGGGGCCUUGGGAACCCGUAUCACCCAGUCUGUGAGCUUGUAUGCCUAGAGAACACACAUAGCAGCUCAGGGGGCCGGGUCCUCCCUAUCGACUACCUCCGCCAGGUACACCUCUUGGCCCAGUCCCAUGGGGCCCGUGUCCACCUGGACGGAGCUCGACUGAUGAAUGCAGCUGUGGCUCUGCGUGUCCCCCCCGCCCGCAUUGUGGAGCAUUGUGACUCUGUGUCCUUCUGUCUCUCCAAGGGCCUGGGUGCACCAGUGGGGGCCCUGGUCGGGGGGCCCAAGGACUUCAUCCAAGAAGCGUGGCGCCUCCGUAAAGCCCUGGGUGGGGGCAUGCGCCAAGCCGGGGUGCUCGCCGCGGCCGCCCUCGUGGGACUGGCUGAGGCGGAGGAAGAGCUGCCGAGGGACCACGAGAACGCACGGAGGUUUGCCAGAGGACUCCAGGCCUUGGCAUCGCCCCACUGCUCUGUGGAUCCUGCUGCUGUGGAGACCAACAUGGUGCUGGUGAAGGUGGCCGGGCUGCCCGCUGCGGACCUGUGCCAGCGCCUGCAGGCUGUGAGCCCGGACGAGGUGGCCCAGACAGGCCAUGCUGUGCGCGUGCUGCUGUUUCCCUGGACAGAGCAGUCUGUGCGUGCCGUGUGGCACCGUGACGUCUCCACCCAGGACACUGAGCUGGCACUGAGGAAGUGGGAGUUUGUGCUGAGGCAAUUGGGGCCCUGAGGAUGGGCCCCUGGGCCCUGGGCCCGGCUGGGACUGAUGUGGGGCGUGGAAGGGCCCCGAGCCUCUGGCAGAGAAGUACAGGCCAGUCUCUGGGGGAAGGUGACUCCACCCAGAGCCUCCGGUUUUCUCAGUGAUGUCCCCACUCAGUCAGAGACAACCAGGCAAGGGAUGGGACAAGAUGUGACUGAAAAUCAAGAGAAAAACACAGACAAAAGAAACAGACACAGGAUCACAAUAAAGGACUUGUUAUACACAGG